AUGUCAAUAAUUUACAGUUUGAUAGCUCGUGGUACGACUGUGCUUGUGGAUUACACGGAAACAACAGGCAACUUUCAGCAAAUAACAGGUUCGAUCUUGCAAAAAAUCCCCCUGCACGAUGACACGAAAUGCACCUAUGUUUCUGGAAGGUGAGUAGUCGACUCAGCUGUUUAUUUAUGCUUGUGUAAUCUCACUUUGGAAUUGGAGUAUAAAUGAAAUUAAUUUAUUUUCCACUUAAACUAACUGAACAUUCUUAUGUUAAGAGAAGUAUUCUAUUAUACAGCUCUCAGCAGCAGUUAAAAUUUGUCACGACUCGAAGAUCGACGUCUUCGGCCUCCCUGCGCGCAGCGAUGAGAGAGAUGUCGCAAUAAGCUUAUAUUUCACCCCCUUCGCUAAAGUUAUGACGUAGUUUCAGACGUACACUAUGUACUCAAUUUUGAAAGGAAAAGUCCCACAGUUUUUGUUUAAGAAGUGCUAAUCUACGCGUGUGGUGAGGAAUUCCUUUAGAAGAGAGACGUCGACAAACUUCGUUGUAAACUUCAUCAAAGAAAGACUAUCGUCAACUCGUGGGUGCGUUGUUUAGAAAAUAAUCAUUUAGUUAUCACCUCUAGUUUUCCCACAGUAAAUUUAGGAAAUGAUAGAAAUUCAGAUUAUAAAUAUACUAUCCUUGUUCUGGAAACACAAUACUUUUCUUGCUGUUUAUUGCACUUUAUAAACAGUUAUUUAGGUAUAUAUUUAAAAACAAAAAGACCAAGAAAACAAAACAAAAAAGAAAAAAAAAAGGAAGAAGGGAAAAAGAAGGUCGUUAGCAGAAUUUGAACCUGGUGCCUACGAUUUGACCUGACCUCACAUAGCCACUACACCAUUGAGGAUGAACACACAAUUUGGUGAAAAGUCGCAAAUUUAAUGCGUUUUCCGCGGAACUUCCGCCGGCAAACGAUCGAGCCAUACUUAACCGAUUGAAAAAACGACUCGAAGCAAUUGGAUGAAAUUAAGGCUAAUUGAAACCAGGCUACUGACAGUAAAAGACAAUGUAAACACAUUUCAUGGCAAUAAAAGAACAUAUGCGAUACAAAGCCAACACAACUCCUCCGUGAAGUAGGACGCAAAACAUAAGCUUAUGUUUUCUUAUCUCGAUUUCCACUGUCAUUUUAAAGCUGAUGCUCAAAAUCACAUCCAUUUCCCCCCGUGACCUUGGGGAGUACUUAAGAAGAAGAAGAAGAAGUGCCUUUAUUUACCAUACAUUCAUUCAUACACAUAACCUACUACAUUACUACAAGGUAGGAGAUCAAGCCAGCGUCGAAGUUGAAGGAGUUGAAGCGCAAAUGCUCAUAUUCUCGUCAAGUUUAAUGCCUGGACGAGUCAAAAGCUCUUGAAUCGUACUAAUCUGAAAGAUUUCAGCGUGUCUUAAAUUUGGUAAGACCUCUAUCCUCUAACCGUGCUGUAGCGCACGAUGCACGCUCUCUCAGUGAGGAAUUUGAUGCCACUGAACUUCGGCGAGCGCGUGCUUCUUUGGAAAUGAUAGAUCUUCGCGCUCUCGAGUUUGGACCCGUUAAUUACGAAGUACGUCUACUACGAGUGAGCGAGUGACUCAUUUGCAUAUCCUUGUCCCUGCAAUAACUCGUGGUACGCUCACACGUACCCACGAGUUAAAAAUGAUUAAAGAUUUGUAAAAAAAUAAUUCCAAUUAAACUUAAUUCUGUACAAAACACAAGCUUAAAUAAGCUUAAGAAUUACCUAUUUAGAGUAAAAAAAAUUGAAAAUUCAAAUCUCGAUAAUUUUUUGGUGUUUAUAUUUUCGUUGCUUUCCAGUUACCACUUUCACGUGAUAGUAAAUGAUGGAAUAAUUUUUCUGUGUAUGGCUGAUGAGGAUUUUGGGAAGAGACAACCAUAUGCCUUCCUAGAAGAGGUAAGCUUAAUUGGAGAAGGUUUACAAGAAAUUACAUUAAACAUAGCCUGCAGAAAAAAAUAGCUGCUGAUUUCAUGGUGAAUCCCCUUUGUAUGUAUUUUUUUUUCAAAUGUUUGGAUCAAAUUCAUCAUGAACAUACUUAGUAAAGUGGUAGCAAUUUCCUUAUCACUGCAAUAAUAUCUGUUUCCAAAUUCAUCUAGACUCAGAAUAAAUUCACUUUGACUUGGAAGUUUAACAGUGACUAACCUGUGUAUUAUUAAAUGUCUUAUGCACCAGUCGAUGUUACGCCGUAGGGUUAAGACUGGGAAUUCUUGUAAUGAUUGGGCAUCACCUAGCUAGCUGUCCAAGGCAUGUCAAAAAGGGUGUGUACUGAGCAGUGCCACCUGACUGUAUCGCGGGCUCAAGUGUACAAUUCAUUGAGGUGACAUGUUAUCUACUGACCAGUUGUUGGUUUUAAUUGAUGACUGGCUCAGGUCCAUAAUGAAAAGGCCAUAUAAUAAAAACCUAUCAACCUCGUCUGCUGUUGCUUGGUCAAUACAUCAAGGCCUCAGUCUGAGAUUCCUGGUAAUGACCUCACUCUUGGUUAAUAAGACAGUAGCAUGUCACAAGAGAUCUUCUGCAAGUAGCUUGUGUAACAGGCAUCGAGAGGGGUAGGGGAAGGGGAGGAAGGAAACAAGAGAGGAUUAUUGGGGAGAGAAGGUAGAGCUCCCUUGCCUUUUCCCUUUCACAUUUUUCUCCCUUUUGCCCACUUCCUCCCCUUUUUGCACUUGCCACGCAAGCUACUGGAAUACAGAGGAGGCAAUUCCAGUCAUAGUUAUCAGUUGGAAUCUCGAAGCCAACACAAUAUUGUUGGUGCCAUGACUUGCAGUUGUCCCACUCAAUCCGAGGGUAGAUCAAAAUGGCCGGCUGAGACUAGGUUCCAGGCUCUUGAGAGAUCUUUACAAACUUCUCCACUCUUGGUAUCCUGUGUUACAUCAAAUCUUUAGUUAUUCCCCACCCACAGGAAAGGAAAUACAGUCAGAUCCUCCAGAAAUGCCCGGCCACACUGGCCAGGGGCUUAACAUUGACUGGUGCAUUAGAAUGGAAUUAAUGCAGGCUACAAAAUAAAACCUCUGGAGUAACAAUGAUCUCUCAAUAGAGUGAAAACUGUAGAUGUGAAUUUAAAAUAUUUUGUCUCAGCAUACACACCCUAUUGCUUACCAUUAUUGUCUUAAUUUUCAUGCAGAUCAAAAGGCGUUUCGAAAACAGCUCUUUAAAACAAAGAGCAAGAACAGCUCAUGCUUAUGAGUUCAAAAGAGAUUUUGGACAAGUACUGGCCAGUCAGAUGGUGAGUUAGGCAAUGGAUAAAAAAGCAGAUUUCCUUAAUACUUAUUUUUAAUUGCCAAUUUCUUUCUUUUUAUAAUAAACUGUGACCUGGUAAAAAAAAAUGCAAAUAACCCUUGGGACUUCUGGUCAUAUUUAUAGACUGCAGUUUGUGGUAGUGGCUUGUCCAUUAUAGUAUAGUGAAAAAGUUGAAAUAUUUGUACAGUCACUCAGGACAAACAUUCAUGGCAGCAAGAUUUGGGCUGCAGAACUAGCUGGUCUUAAGAAAUAAGCAAGAAAGAAUUUUGGUUGAUGCACAGAGUCUAGAUGAUCAAAAAGACAAAGGCAAUAUUUGUUCUGUAUUGUCCUAAGUGUGCAAAGUUACUAGUGAACAAGAGUCUAAAUUAUAAAAUGUGUUAUUAAGACCAAAGAACAUUUUGGCAGGUCUGUAAUAGCAAGAGUUUGUUGAAGGAUUUGUUUGAAGGAUUUGGCUACUGUCCAUAUUAGCGGGCUGCCUGUCAUCUGCAGGUGUGCAUUGGGUAUGAGUUGUUCACUCUCAUAAGUGAUGACAUUCAGGGUGAAGGGUAGUGGUAUGGCAGUGACAGGGGUCAAAUUUGAUAAUGGAAAGUUGACAUGACCCUAGACCUCUAGGGUCUGUUGGUAUCUCUCUCUUAAUCCUUGAAACAUAAUACAUUCCUUCACAUUCCAUCAUGACCAUCUCAUAUUUGACAUUUUGUUACUGUCUUUUAUUUCCCCAGGCUCUCUUUUCUGAUACAGGGUAUGACGACACAGAUCAAAUUGCCAAAGUUAGACGGGAGGUGAAUGAAGUGAAAGGGGUCAUGACGCAAAAUAUAGGUAAUGGAUUCAGAUCCAAAACUCUUAAGUACACACUGUUAUUUUGGUACAAAACUAUUAAUAGUGCAGGCCAGAGAAAAAAGAAUCAAUACAAUAAAGGACUAUAAAAAAAGUUACAGUAACUGCAAGUUUAUUACCGGUAAUUAUUAAUCACUGUGUUAAAUAACUGAAUAAGCCCCACUUUUUAGAGACACAGACAACCUGCAUUCACAUUUAUAAUUGUUUUGCAGUAGACAGAUUACUCUUUUAUUUGAAUUUUCUUUUCUUUAUUCUUUAAAUUGAUUUUGUGUACAUGUACAAAUAAGAAUAAUGAUUGGUGCUUAAGAUGUCUGUGUUUGUUUUCAUUUCGCUUUCAAUUUGUUGUGAUUACAUUUCAAGCACUUCGUGUUAUUUAAAGGUCACUUUGUCAUUUAUAUUUUAAUUUUAUGGUUAAUCAUUCAAUUAAAUUCAUUUUGAAAUUGACUUUCCCUUCCUGGUUUACCUACUAGACAUAACAGGAUUAAAAAACCCAACUGGUACUGUGUAGGAGGCAACCUGCUGGCUAUUUACAGGGAUUUGUUCUCAGGAUAACUAAGAAACAUGUUCAGCUGGCCAUCACGGUGGGACUCGAACCUGGGACCACCGCAUUGAUAGUCCAGUGAGCUGAUCACUCAGUCACACUAGUGUCUCCUUCAUCAUGUAGCUGUCUGAACCAACAUGGGUGUUUUAUUUUAAAUAGGAAACUAAAUAAAACUUGACAUAAGUAGACUAGUUAGUUUAUUACAGCAUUAAAGUUUAUAAAGAUAAUGAUAACAAUCAAUAAAUUUUGUUAUAGCUAUUACAGGUACAUGCAAUAUCCGUUGAUCGCCUUGGUCUUUCUGUUUUUAUUUAGAAAAAGUACUUGAAAGAGGUGAAAGAAUAGAUGUCCUUGUUGGAAAAGCGGAAGAGUUGGAUCACAGUGUAAGUUUGAUGAUGAUAAGUAUGAGCAGUAGAAACCUUUUUGCUAAACUUGCAUAGCCUGAUAUAAACACACUAAGGGUUGGAAAAAUUCUAGAACAUUAUGCAGACUUUCACCCUUGUCUUGGGUUUGCAUAACACUAGCACUGUCUCAAAUUUUCUCACUCUCUCUUGUGUAUAUCAGGCUAUGCAAACUUGGAAAAAAAAGUUUUCUAUUGCUUUUUGUUUUUCUCAAUUAGGCACUUAAUCCUCAUGUUUUCAUUUCUUUUCUUUUUUUUGACUUGGUGGAAACCACUACCACUAAACCACUACCACCUUCCCUUUUUUUAAGACUUGUAGUGUAAAUUAUCUUUAGAUUAUUCUUUCUUUCUGGUAAAAUGAUCAAGCUUGGUAUUUCAGAAAUUAUACAAUUUGUCUAUUUUAAUCAGUAUGCUUCUUUUUCUGCUUGUCUGUAGCAUUGAGGUGUUAAACAUCUCAACAAACAUCCACAACUAGGAGUUUCUAAGUCAGGGUAGUGUGAAAACGUGCUUGGGAAGACAAGUAUAAAUUAUUAUGGUUGUUGACCAAAAAGUUACGUUAAAGAAAAAGAGGGAGAAUUUUUUGAGUAUUCAUGACCAAUCUGUGUGCAUCAGCUGAAAACACAUGUAUCUAUAUUUUCAAAUAGAAAUGUGGUCUUUAUGAACACAAUUCGAAAGGAAUAAGUUUAGAUUCAAAUGUUAUUUUAAUCAGUGUAUAAAAAUGUGGCUCAAAAAAAAAAAAACAUGAAUAAGUGUUGACACUAUUAUGCCUGGUUCCACCAGAUGUUGCAGAAUUUAUAUCUAGCCAAUUUUUUGAAAAUGAACCUAAUGGAAUUUGCAGUCAUUUGAGUGAAAAAGGGUCAAAAGGCAGGUUUUGUUGUGCUCGAGAAGCUUGAAAAUCACACUAACCAAGGAAAAGGAAAGGAGAAAAAGAAAAACAAGAGAAAGAAAGUAGGAGAAGAGAAUUAAAAAGCAAUAGUUACACUUUUAGCUUGUAUAGUGGUUACUUUAAAGAUGUCCAGUUUUUGGCUGAAAAAAAAAACAAAAACCUGUUUGACGGAAGAUUCCAUUUUGCAGUAACGUUUUCAAAAAUCCAGCUAGGUAUAAAUAAACAAGUGUAGGUUUCCAUUUUUCAUACCCUGUGAGGAGAGAUUCCUCUCUUACAUGGCUUUUAGCAUUUACAAAGUCGUUUGUGUGGCUCAUCUGUCGCGUAGCUAGUUUGCUUACGCCUCCCAGGGUGUAUAAAACGAACCAACUAUGGGACUGUCAAGCCACACGAACGACUUCAUUAACGCUAAAAGCCAUGCCAGAGAGCAACCUCUGCUUGCAAGGUACAUUUUUCACAAAUUUUACUAUCUAGUUAAAUAAUUAUUUCAUUUUUUUUCUUGCUGGUUUUAGGCUCAGUCAUUCCACAGACAAUCCACAAGGCUGCGGAAACAGAUGUGGUGGCAGAACAAGAAAAUGUGCCUGCUGCUGAUAUUUGUGUUGCUAGUUAUAAUUGGGGUUAUUGUCUUGGUUGCACUUGGUGUUGAAGGAAAAUUAUAAUGUACACUUGUAUAGUUAGUGAGAUUUUCUUUUGGAGACAAGACAAACUUCGUCUUCCUGCCAUGAAUUUUCGGUGUGUCAAGGAUAAUGCAACAUUGUGUUAGUGGUAACUUAUACAUUUAUUUUGAAUGCACCUGUAUUUCUUGGAAAACGCCAACACUUCUUUUUUCGGUAUAAAUUGAAAGGAACUUAGUUGGCUUGCCUUCUGGACAAAGAUCUCUUUGAUAAGUUAUGGCAAAGUAGGAAUGAUAUUUUGUGUUUAUUAAUUUUAGUUUACUCUGUAUUUCAGUGGCAGUGUGCGUUGUUUAUAUUUUAGAGAGUGCUUGAGAAGUGAUUGACUACUUGUGAAAAUAGGCCAUUUCCGACUAGCCAAGCAUCUGUUUCAAGGCAAGGCUAAAAUUAUACGAAGCCAUCAAUCUAAAAAUAUGAUUUUUAGUCUCAUGUAAAUAAAACUCAUUUUCACAAGAAAAGCUUAGAAUUUAACCUUGUUUUGAUAAGUGAGAAUUUUCAUAACUCGGAAAUGACCUAUUUAUAACAGCAGCUCAUGUUUGCCCCCUCUGAUUUGCAUUUUGUGGGCUGAUUUAUGUUUUCAGAAAAGUGUCAAGGGUUUGUUGCACAACUUUUAAAAAAUAAGAGCAAUAAUAUUAUGACAAAUUAUGCAAAGAAUUACAGGUGUAAUAGUCUAGUUUAUAGCUGGACUUUAAUUUCUAAUCAGAAAUGCGCAGUCAGUACAGUUGGUGCUGAAAAUUUGACUGAAAUGACUUCUGAAAACUUGUCGAAAGUGAUUUGUAAACACUUAGAGUGAUCAUUACUUAUGUAUUUGUGCGAUAUGAUUGCUGCACAGAAAGCUAUAGUUACAGUUGUAAACCUUUAAUCCUUAAAAUCAAACACAGACAUUCUUAACAUUAUUCGCAUGUUUACGCAAAGCACAAGGGCGAGAUGAGACAGCCCAACUCAACACACAUUACUCGAGUGUGGAACAUUUGGGAAUUAUGACAUUUUUGUUCUCUUCUUGCUUCACAUAUUUAAUAUGUAAUCACUGACAUUAUAGGAAGAAAUUGGACUGGCAGUCGCCGAUAGAGCUGUAGAAGUUCUAAAACCACAGUACUCAAUUUGGGGAAUUUUAGGAGAUUUAUUUAUCUCUGCCUGAGCGCCACCUAUGUAAGAUCUGAUAGGUCAGGUCCAAGCAAGAAAACCAGCAAAAUUAAUCUGCUUUAUAGCAGUGCUUAAGUAAAGGCAGAUGGAGAAUAAUCUCACUUGGGUAGAAAAGUGUAUUUUGACGUAACAUUAUUGUCAAGGAGAAGUGGAAUAAUCAACAUUUAUUCCACGAGUGCACGUUGGAUAUGAGAUGGUAGAUAGCCAAUGAGGUGCGUAGCACCAAGUUGGCUAUAAUCAUCUCAUAUCCAACAAGUGUGAGUGGAAUAAUUGUUUUACUAAAAACGCUCACAAAAUAUCGAGAAUUCUUCCGGACUUUAUUUGUAAAAACAACCAGUUCAGCUUGUUUUCAAUUUUGAGCAGAUGCAUUCAGUUACCAUAUUUGGAGAACAUGGUAUAAUGCCUCAUAUACCGUGAUGGCUCAGCCAAUCAGAGCUCUAGAAUUGCAUUAUCCAAUGAUUCAGUUUUUAAUAAUAGAAUAUAGAGAAUU